CACCUCCGUCUCCGCUCGGGAUCCAAGUCCGCUAAAAGACCAGACUGCCCCCGAAGCCCAAACCCCCUCCUCGUCGGCUGCGAUGGCGGUGGCGGAGCUCUGGGAGACGCUGAAGCAGGCGAUCGCGGCGUACACGGGGCUAUCCCCGGCGGCCUUUUUCACGGCCGUGGCGGUGGCCGCCGCGCUGUACCACGUCGUGUCGGGGAUCUUCGCGGCGCCGCCGCCUCCCAGGCAGCGGCCGCGCGAGGAGCCCGAGGCGGAGCCGCUCCCACCUCCCGUGCAGCUGGGAGAGGUUGAUGAGGAGGAGCUCCGGCAGUACGACGGGUCCGACCCCAAGAAGCCCCUCCUCAUGGCCAUCAAGGGCCAGAUCUAUGACGUCACACAGAGCAGAAUGUUCUAUGGACCUGGUGGACCUUACGCACUUUUCGCUGGCAAAGAUGCCAGCAGAGCUCUAGCCAAGAUGUCUUUUGAGCCCCAGGACUUGACUGGUAACAUCGCUGGCCUUGGGCCAUUUGAGCUUGACGCGCUGCAAGACUGGGAAUACAAGUUCAUGAGCAAGUACGUGAAGGUCGGCACAAUCAAGAAAGUUCCCGUGGAAGAUGGCAACACAAGCUCAUCCCCCGAAACAAACGAAACUGCAAAUGCGGAGGAGGCGAAAGAGAAGGAAGCCGAGACAGCCGUAGAAGCCGAGCCAGCUGUAGCAGCCAAGGAAAGCUAAAAGGGUCAGUCGCGCCAAUAAAUAUGUGUUAUUCGGUAUGUGUAAUUUGUACCAGCACAUUGGACAUGCGGGUGGCGCUGGUGUGCUGUUAUAAUUUUUAGUCGUUGCUGGAGCUGGAUAUUACCAGGGUAGUAGGGUGUUCCUACCCUUUGCUAAGGCGUCUGUUGAUACUUAUGGAUGAAUAAUAUAGCUGCUCUCUAAAUUACUCU